AUGCCCACUCUGCAUGAUCCAGAGGGAUUGCCGCUGGCGAGGUGGAUGCAGACUGUUCUAUUCCUGCCACUCUCCCAGUCCGAACCAAGCAUCGAAAUCAGAGACCACCGUGCCUCUUGUGCACCAUUCCAGGAACAGGAGCAUCGACCAGCGCCCGGCUCAAACCAUGCUGACAAGCCAGGGCAUGCGACGACGACGACGACGACGACGGAUGCUAAGCGCUGA